ACGGGGCACUUCUUUGUGCUUCACCGACCUGUAACCAUCUGAGUCUCCAACGUCCAAGGAGGGUCAAAGAUAAGGGCGGUAACACUGCACCACCACCUCUCCAGCAGGUGGUAACGAAAGGCACUGGUUGGCACUGAUAAGCACUCCUGGAGGUGCGAAAGGAUAUAAGGAUAAGAACGCAUGGCUCAACCGGUGCUGUCCUCGGUCAAGAGAACCACAAGCAUUGCAGACGAUAAUCACUGGCUGGAAACAGGGCAACGGGCGUCCUCUAAGAAAAUGGAGUCGUUUCCCCCUCCAAGCAGCGUCACCUUGACUUCUCUCCCGACGGAGGAGGAGGCGCACCCCAUCACCUUCAGCUGGCAGGGCGUGGACGUCUUCACCAAGCCGCUGGGCGUGACGGGGUGGCGCUGCUUCAGCAGGAGAGGUGUAGAGGUCGCGCCGCCCCCAGCUGAAGUACACAUCCUAAAGAACGUGACGGGCGUGUGCCGUCCUGGGGAGCUGCUGGCCAUCAUGGGGGCGUCAGGGGCGGGCAAGACCACUCUUCUUAACGUUCUCACGCACCGUAACAGCGAAAAGUUACGCAUCACCGGCGACCUCUUCGUGAACGGCCGCCGCGUAGACCCUGACACGCUGACUAGCCGCUCCGCCUACGUGCAGCAGGACGACCUCUUCAUCGGUUACCUCACCGUCAGGGAGCAGCUCAUCUUCCAGGCUGCGCUGCGCAUGGACCGCCACAGGAUCCACGAGGAACGACAGGCGCGGGUUAACCAAGUCAUCAUGGACCGGCGCCUCUCUUCACAGCUUGGCCUCAACGGUAGCGAACACACGCGCAUUGGGACGCCGGGCCAGGAUAGGCGGCUGUCUGGCGGCGAGAUCAAGAGGCUUAGUUUUGCGUGCGAGGUGCUGACCAAUCCGUCUCUUCUGUUCUGUGACGAGCCCACCUCCGGCCUGGACUCCUUCAUGGCUCAGAACGUGGUGAGCAUGAUGAAGGGCAUGGCGGAGCGGGGCAAGACAGUGCUGUCCACCAUCCACCAGCCCAGCUCGGAGGUGUUCGCCAUGUUCGACCGGGUCCUGUUCCUUGCUGAGGGCAGAGUGGCCUUCCUCGGCAGCUGCGACGAGGCGCUGCGCUUCUUCGGCAAGAUGGGAAUGGCCUGCCCUGACCAGUACAACCCUGCGGACCACUUCAUCAACCAGCUCUCGGUAGAACCCGGGAGCACCAAAGCGUGUAAGAAGCGUAUCCAUUCCGUGUGUGACGCCUUCGAGCUGAGCAACCUAGGCAAGGCGGUGGUGGAGGACGUCGCCGCCAACCAGAGAGUACUCAACUACCAGGACGAUGUCUUCAGCUGCCGACAGGAGGGUAAGUCACCCUACAGGAGCACUUGGGGGACGCAAUUUCAGUGGGUGAUGUGGCGGUCCUGGCUGGAGACGAUUCGUGAGCCAAGACUUAUCCGGAUUCGCUGUCUUCAGGUUCUGGCACUGGCGGUCUUGCUGGGGCUCAUGUACAUGAGGAAAGGACCUUAUGUGGACGUGGUGAGCAUCAACGGGGCUUUCUUCGUCCUGGUCUGCAAUAUGAGCUUCCAGAAUACCACUAUAGUUAUCAAUACGUUUUGCUCUCAGAAGAAACUGUUUCUUCGCGAGCACCACAACGGCAUGUAUCGCCCAGACGUGUACUUCCUGUCCAAAAACAUCGUACAGGCUCCAAUCUUCACCCUGUACGCCAUCUUGUACACCUCCAUAUUCUACUUCCUCGUCGGCUUCACACCUGACGUGGAUCGCUUUCUCACCUGUCUCGUUACCGCCGUUCUGCUCACCUGGUGCGCGAUGUCCUUCGGUUACUUCCUGUCCUGCGUGGCGCCGUCCGUCGAUGUGGCGCUGCUGCUGCUGUCGCCCUUCCUCCUCCUGUUCAUGCUGGUCAGUGGCUUCUUCCUCAACUUCAGGUCCAUUCCGCGCUUCAUGAAGGUCGUCAGCUACUUGUCGUGGUUCGCUUACGGCAACGAGGUGCUGCUCGUCAACCAGUGGGCGAGCGUCACCAACAUCACCUGCCCCCCGACAGCCACCAGGUGUUACCCCGACGGCGCCGCCAUCCUGGAACAACUCGGCUUAUCGCCGGAGCACCUUGUUCCUGACCUGACCUCCCUCGCCUGCCUCACACUGGCCUACCGAGUCGCCGCCUACCUCUUCUUCCACCUGCGGACCUUGAGAUCAAAGCCUCGUCGGUGAGGGACAUGCGUGGGCCUCCGCUGUGAAUGGAAGGUGCUGAACGGGUCGUGUCCGGUGCACCUGUUGCACCUUGAGGCGAGUGAGACGUGCAGACCGCUUCAGGACUCUUGGCAGACUCGCCUUCUUGUUAGUCUUAAGUCUCGGAGGAUGUGUAAGACGUGGUACAUUGAAGAAAGCCAAAUUGUGAAUACUGGAAGAGAGACGAGAACAUUUGUUU